CUGCGUCUCUGAUAGGCUGAUACUCAGACUUCUGGGAUAUGUAGUCCCUGAAAUUACCAAGCGUAGAGUUAGAAUGCGCUUCAAACGAUGAGUUUUAAAUAGUUAAUAUAAUGUUUUGCGUAUUUAAUACGCUAGUAUUUAAUUUAUGUGAAGUGGUCAGACGAGUUAUUUUCUUUAAAGCGUCUAAAUUUCAAAGCGGAACUACAUUUCAGUGAGUUGUAGCUUUCCUUCCGGGCGGAGUUUACAGCGGCGCACAUUACAUGACCUGAAGUGAGUCGCGUUAUGAAGAAACCCUCAAGAUGUCAAAAGUUUACACGCGUUUAUCACGAUUUUCCUUUGCUUAUAAUGCUUUUACCAGCCGAAGACACGCGAAAUUAAGGCCGUGUGCCACAAGGAUGCUGUCCAUAACAUCAGCGCUGCACGCAAAGUCCAGGAAACCUCCAGAACAUGAGGAUGAAGUAGUAGACAAACCCAUCAAGUUCUCCACCAGCCCCGCCAGUCACAGGACCUGGAACGUGGACCGAUCCAUGGGCAGCAACUUCCAGCGGCCCUGGUGGAAAGUCCUCCCCAUCAGCCUGUUAGGAGUGGGUAUCCUCCUGUGGUGUGUGUUCAGGAAAGAGACCGAGGUAGACCAGACUCUGGAGAAAAACCUCUAUGAUCAUAUAUCAGGACUGCUGUCUGAGGAGGAAGAAGAGGAAGUCAAAAACAAACCAUCAUCAUGACUCAAACUAAAAUGGAGACUUUAUUUUUCAUCUGCGAUGUUAAUUUAUGGUUUAAUGCUAACUUCGGAAGUAAAACGUUUUCUACGUCAAAUCAGCCGUCCAAAAUGUCUGGUCUUGAAUGUGUUUGUGUUGAAGCGGAUCGUCUGAAUAUGCCAUUUCAGAAUUGAAUUUGACUGCUAGUUGUUAUUAACAUCAGAGGAUGCAUUACUGCAGUGUUUCUCAACCAUGUUUCUGAAGGACCACCAGCACUGCAUGUUUUGGAUGUCUCCUUUAUCUGUCAGACCCAUUACAGGUCUUUGCUAAUGAUGAUCUGAAUCAGAUGUGUUUGAUUAAGAAAACAAGGAAAAUGUGUAUAGAUGGCGGUCCUCCAGGAACAUGGUUGAGAAACACUGCAUUAGUGGACACACUGAAAAAGCGCCUUCAUUAUCUGCUACUUGAUCUGUAUAAUAAACUCAUAUUAGGAA